AUGGAUGUCAUGAUCAAUGUUUCUACAGAAUGGGAUGUAAUGAUCAAUGUUUCUACAGAAUGGGAUGUGACAAUUUAUGUUGUUAAAGAAUGGGAUGCAAUGCUCAAUGUUUCUACAGAAUGGGAUGUAAUGAUCAAUGUUUCUAAGGAAUUGGAUGUUAUGAUUUAUGUUGUUAAAGAAUGGGAUUUGACAAUUCAUGUUAAAGAUUGGGAUGUCAUGAUAAAUGUUUCUACAGAAUGGGAUGUGACAAUUUAUGUUGUUAAAGAAUGGGAUGCAAUGCUCAAUGUUUCUACAGAAUGGGAUGUAAUGAUCAAUGUUUCUAAGGAAUUGGAUGUUAUGAUUUAUGUUGUUAAAGAAUGGGAUUUGACAAUUCAUGUUAAAGAUUGGGAUGUCAUGAUAAAUGUUUCUACAGAAUAG